AUGCUGACCCCAGCAGCCGAGUUCUUCGAUGAGACGGGCGCCCCAUAUAGCCUCGACGACGGCGAUCUGGCGAAGCGUCAGAGUCGCGCCCAGGUUGCUGCGCGCUUCGCCCGCAUCUUCAUUCGAUGGGGAAAGCGCACCUGGGACUUCUUCUACUGCAUGAGUUUGAAUGUUGCGUGGAAGUGCGGCGACGAGUUCGUUGACCGCACCGCAAGCGGUAUUCCGCCGUGGCAGUGCGCUUCUGGCCUUGUUUGCGCGGGCGCCAAUGGAAGGAGGUGCGCUUGA